CCAAUUGUAUAAACAAUGGUUAAAAUAUACCACGGUUAAACUAUAACCGCGGUAUAUACCGUGGUAAGGUAACCACUGGUUAUUUUCUCUUGUAUAAACCAGUUUAACCGCGCGGUAACCUAACCACGUAAAAUAUCAAUUUAACCACGGUAAAUUUUCCGAUAAUGCACUGCGUGCAUGACGUAAUUUUCGCGGACAAAUGUCAGACGACUGUUUGUCAACAAACAUGGCCGCCGUUACAGUUAUUGUACCAAAACAAAGGGCAAAAAUGUUCUCUAUACGAGAAAUAGAUGUUAUUACGGAGUUUAUGAAAACUCAUCUCAGCACCCUGCGAGCAAGUCACACGCAAGGAGGACCAGGGGCGGCACAACGACAGGCCAAGUUGUGGGAAAAAGUGACCGCCGAGAUAAAUGCUUGUGGUAACGGUCCUCGGACCGUGAAACAAGUAAAAGAAAAGUGGAGGAAUAUGGUAAAGAUGGCGAAAACAGAUGUGUCAGCAGAGAGGACCAGUAUGAGGAAGACUGGAGGAGGCCCGCCACGGCCGGAGAUGUCACAGACUUCUCAGACUGUGGCGAGCCUGUACGAGAGCUCAGCAUCUUUUCAUGGUGUGUGUUCAGAUGCUGACACACUCAUCAAUGUUUCUGGCUGCACAGAUGUCGAUAUAGGACAGCAGGUUGUAGACCAUCUAGAUCUCCCUCAGCUGGGACCAGCAGGACACAGAGACAGAGACCAGCGAGAGUGCGGAUACAACUACCAGGAAUAUAUUCUCCGUAGCUGCUGCUUUGUGCAACAUCAACCAGCCAACAGGGACAGAAGCAGCGAGGCAGGCGGAUACUGUGCCAGAGGGGGUCAGUAUCCAACCUGACUAUCCAGAGGAUUCUUGUGUACCAUGCGCAAACCGUUCUACUGUCACCACACAGAAGCAAUCAUCGAGCACAAGUUAUCAGCAAAAGAAAAGCAGUAAUCACAAA